AAGCCCUCCUCAGAAUGCUGCUUUAAUUGAUCAAUUAAAGAUCUUGCCGAUUGAAGCAACAGCUUUUUGUUGAUCUCCAGUGAAGUGUCAGUAUCAAGUUUUUCUUAUUUGUGCCUGCUGCAUAUCGUGGUUUAGUGGAUCACCUCAACAGAAAUUCAAGCCGUCUAGUGUAUGGAUUGCAUUUACAAACUAGCAAAGAAUGGGCAGCAGUCGAUUUCCAAAGCGCUAUUUAAUAGUAUUUUUAACCUUCAUCUGCACUUCUGUCUGCUACAUAGAGCGGGUGGGCUUCUCUAUUGCGUAUACUGCUGCUGCUGAUGCUGCAGGAGUAAAUCAGACUAGCAAAGGUGUAAUUCUGUCAACCUUUUACUAUGGAUACGCAUGUUCACAAGUACCUGGUGGUUGGGCAGCUCAAAAAAUCGGUGGACGGCGUGUCCUCCUCCUUUCUUUUCUUUUAUGGUCUUUGACAUGUGCUUUUGUACCACUUGACCCAAACCGAACGAUGGUCCUGGUAAUAGCCCGCUUGCUUGUCGGUGUGGCUCAAGGUUUCAUUUUUCCAUCCAUCCACACUGUCCUUGCACAGUGGGUACCACCACAUGAAAGAUCAAGAUCUGUUUCCUUUACGACUUCUGGAAUGUACUUAGGUGCAGCUACAGGAAUGCUUAUGCUUCCUAGUCUGGUGAAGUAUAAGGGUCCUCAAUCUGUGUUUCUUGCUGAAGCGGCUUUAGGUGCAAUGUGGUCUCUACUCUGGUUCAGUUAUGCAGUUGAUCCACCUCGUUCUGAGCAUCCAAAAGCAACUGCGUCGGGCUUCGGGGAAUCCCUACUGCCCAUGAAAGGGAGUUCAAAGAUGAAAGUAGAGAAUGGAGUACAUUCUGCCAAAAAUCCAACUAUCCCAUGGAAACGAAUCGUCAUGAGCUUACCAGUUUGGGCAAUUGUCGUGAAUAACUUCACUNGGAAUGAGAUAUUUGCCCUGGUGAUGGAUUNAAUGGGUUCUUCCAAGAUGAUGCCCUACCUUAACAUGUUUAUAUUCUCAAAUAUUGGUGGAGUGCUUGCAGAUCACUUAGUCACGAGGAGAAUCUUGUCUAUAACUAAAACCAGAAAACUUUUAAACACAGUGGGUUUCAUUGUAGCUUCUCUUGCGUUAAUGGCUCUUCCUUAUUUUAGAACAUCUGGCGGCGCUCUGUUUUGUUCCUCCGUGGCUCUUGGUUUCUUGGCAUUAGGAAGAGCCGGUUUUGCAGUUAAUCACAUGGAUAUAGCUCCAAGGUAUGCUGGAAUUAUUAUGGGAGUUUCAAAUACAGCUGGUACAUUAGCUGGUAUCGUUGGAGUUGAUCUCACUGGUCGACUACUCGAAGCUGCUAAAGACGCCCAGUUGGAUCUUACAAGUCCAGAAAGCUGGACAGCAGUGUUUUCCAUUCCUGGGUUGCUCUGCAUUUUUAGUUCUUUUGUUUUUCUAGCACUGUCAACAGGGGAGAGAAUUUUCGACUGAAGGUUUGUGCAUGUAUAUCAUGGUUUAUCUUGUCUUAUUCUUGGAAGAAGCAGUUCAAGGAGGAAGUAUACAUAGUCUAGGAUUUGCAGUUCAAACUCGAAGGCUGUCGGAAAUAGUAAGUAGCUCUAUUGAGGUUAUUCUUACAUUUUAACCUGAGGUACUAUCUGCAUACAUUUGCAGCUUAAUCGACUCAUUCUUCAAUAUUUUCGAGCUGUAGUUCUUUGCUGAGCUGUUACUACAUAUAUUGAUUAUUUGUGGUAGCAUCUUGAUAAAUGUAAUGCUCAUCCUAUUUUUUGUCAGGCAAUGAGAAUAUCAGAAAGUAUUUGAUGUAUCAUAGUUGCCAAAAUAAUGCUUGUUGCUAUUGCUCUUCUCCUA